UGAAUUCAUCAAAAAAGAAUUUUACCAUCAAACAACUUCCUUAUCGCUAAUAUAUAUAAAAAACCCUAUACCCCAAAAUAUUCUACCGCCAGCAAACCUCCAACGCCUCACUCUGAACAAAGCAAUCAUGGCAAGCAAAGAACCAGAUCACGAGCACAGAGAAGACGAGGAUGCCGCCCCCGCCGAGGAAGAAGACACCGGAGCUCAAAUCGCCCCUAUCAUCAAGCUCGAGGAAGUCGCCGUCAGCACCGGCGAGGAAAACGAAGAUCCGAUGCUCGAUCUGAAGUCGAAGCUCUACCGAUUUGAUAAAGAAGGCAAUCAAUGGAAAGAGAGAGGCGCUGGUACCGUGAAGCUGUUGAAGCACAAAGAGACUGGAAAAGUUCGCCUUGUUAUGAGGCAAUCUAAGACUCUCAAGAUCUGCGCCAAUCAUUUAGUGUUGCCGACUAUGACGGUGCAGGAGCACGCAGGGAACGACAAAUCGUGCCUGUGGCACGCUUCUGACUACGCUGAUGGUGAAUUGAAAGAUGAACUGUUCUGCAUUCGUUUUGCAUCUGUGGAAAAUUGCAAAACCUUCAUGCAAAUGUUCCAAGAAGUUGCUGAAUCACAAAAACCAAAAGAGGAAAAUAAAGAUGCAUCUGCUGCUGCUGGACUGCUGGAGAAGUUGAGCGUUGAUGAAAAGAAGACCGAGGAUAAAGCCGGAGAGGAGAAAAAGGAAACAGAAGCCACAGAAAAGGCAGAUACCGAUAAGAAAGAUGGGGAGGCAGCUUCCUCAACUUAAAAGGCGGUUGGGUUUGUUUUCCAUGCCAUGUACUUUUGGCGAAUAUGGUGAGAGUAGUCACUGGCAUAUUCCUCGGAUGGAACUAGAUGUGUUAUUGGUUGGAAUGGUCUCGAGUGUUUGUUGAGGUUUGGUUGUACCCUGGGUCAUGUUUGCAUGUUGAGAUUCAUGUUUUACGGUCAUUCAACCGGGUUUUCCCCAGUAUUAUACUAUCAUGCUGAAUUUUUCUUUA